AUGGCGGGACUGAACUUAACGGUUCAUGUAAGACAGAAGGAAUCAUUUGAGGAACUGCUUUGCUCCAGCACAUUGAGAAAUGGAAAUCAGGAAUACAUACUAUACCUCUCAGCAAUCAAUAUUUUUCUUUCCAUUACUGCAGUUAUAGGUAAUGUUCUGAUCCUAGUUGCUCUUCGGAAGGACUCUUCCCUUCAUCCACCGUCCAAACUCUUGUAUCGUUGUCUCGCAACAACUGAUCUCUGCGUUGGUCUGAUUGUAGAACCUCUCCAAGCUGCCUACUUGAUGUCCGUAUAUAAUGAACACUGGGCUCUCUGUCGAUACCUACUUGUGACAGUUUAUGUAACUGGCUACGGACUUACUUCAAUUUCUCUGUUGACUCUCACUGCAAUAGCCGUUGACAGAGUCAUUGCCCUCUUACUGGGGCUUAGAUACAAAGAAACUGUGACUUUGAAGCGAAUAUAUCUCAUUCUAGCGAUCUUUUGGAUUGUGUCCUCUAUCGCAGCAGGAUCGUACGUUAUCGAUUACCGAACAGUUUUUUGGUGCAGUCGUAUAUUUACACCAAUAGGUUUGAUUAUCUCUAUUGCAUCGUAUACGAAGAUAUUCUAUACAUUAAAUCGUCACCAAAUGGUAGUUAAAGACCGUUUUCAACACGCACAGUCGAGCCAAGCAGUCCCACUGAACAUGGCGCGAUACAGGAAGGCAGUUUACAGUGCAUUGUGGGUGCAGCUGGCAUUAGUUGCUUGUCAUCUACCAUACAGCACAGUUGUACUUUUGCUCAAUCGUAUGAGGUUGCGCAAUGCAUCUUUAACGUACAUGGUUGUUUGGGGAGUAACAGUGACUCUAGUUUUCUUCAACUCAUCAUUAAACCCGUUUCUUUACUGUUGGAAGAUAUGUGAAGUGAGACAAGCGGUAAAGAAGACAAUCAGAUACGUUUUUCUUUGCCGUAAGCGUUAG